GAAAAUAUUAACAACGAUAUAAAGAACAAAAAAAAAAGAACAAGCGAAUUGUACACCCCGCGUGAGUCAAGGAAUUAUGUUUUUUUUUUUUUUUGGUGUGAAAAUCGCCUCACAAUUUCCCCUGGUUUUAGCACUUUUGGCUUGUAUGGUUAGCUUUGUUGACUGUUUUACUGCAGGAAUCAAUGGGCACUCGUCUUUUGAAGUUCACCAAUGUCAAGUGCAUGGAUUUACCCACUUCACGAGGAUUUACCAAAUACGAAUACUGUCGUUUGAAAGUGGUACGCAGGAAUCAGGUGGAACUUUCUCUGAAGGUCAGCUUGUUGCAGCUUCCUAUCCGAAAUAUGACCACCAGGUUACAAUGCUUUCAACGACGGGAUGGCUAUCGACCCUUUAUGUACAACGUUCUUUUUGAUUUCUGCAAGCUAAUGGACAGUAGUAAUUACAAGAUAUCCUUUGAACGAUUUAUUUUCGAAGCCGUCCGGAAACAGAGCAACUUCAAUCAAACUUGUCCUUGGAAAGAGAACCACAUGACGGUUGAGAAGUUCGCCCUGGAUUUUAGCAAAAUCAAUAUGCCUGUUCCCGCCGGAACGUAUCGCUUGGAUUUCACCUUUUAUGCCUACGGCAUCGCUCGUACAUUGACACAGGUGUUUUUCGAGAAAAUCGAGUGAGUCUCCGGGCGUCACAAACAUGUUCUAAGUUCUGUUUAAAGCACCCUGGAUUGCGUAAGUUAAAAGAUCCGAAUGGCAUAGAAUGGCAUCACUGUUUUCAAUUUACAUAGACCAACGAUUUGAUUUCCUUGCCGUAAUAAAAGUCUGUGUGGCAAGUUGAAGUCAAUCAAGUCAAUAAACAA